AUGGACUCAGCAGCCAAGGAUGAGAUGCAGCUGGCGUUGUCCCCUGGUUAUUCCUGCCCAGGGCCUGAGUGGCCGGAGCAGGAGCGGGCAGAGCAGCUGGCCCGGGGUGCAGCGCUCAAGUGGGCCUCAGGCAUCUUCUACCGGCCGGAGCAGCUGGCCAGGCUAGGCCAGUACCGCAGCCGCGAGGUGCAGCGUACCUGCUCCCUGGAAGCACGCCUCAAGUCAGUGGUGCAGUCAUACCUGGAAGGCGUGCAGACUGGUGUGUGGCAGCUGGCCCGGGCCAUUGAGGUGGUGCAGGGAACCCGGGAGGCCCUGAGCCAGGCCCGUGGGUUGCUCCAGGGCAUGUCCCAGGCCUUACAGACUCUAGAGCCCCUGCGGGAGCGGGUUGCCCAGCACAAGCAACUGCAGGCCCUGUCUCACUUGCUGCCUCGGCUGCGGGCAGUGCCGGCUGCAGUGGCCCACACACAGACUCUGAUUGAUGGCCAACAAUUCUUGGAGGCAUAUGUGAGCCUUCGAGAGCUGGAGCAGCUGCGAGAGGAUACGUGGGCACCCCUGGGGGGCCUGGAGUUGCCAGUCUUCCAGGGGCUGGACCUUCUGUUCGAGGCACUGGGCCAGGCUGUGGAAGCAGCUGCAGGGACCGCAGGGAAGCUGGCACGGGAGGACCCAGCCCUGCUGGUGGCUGCUGUGCGUGUGGCGGAGGUGGAGACUGGACGAACAACCCCCCUGGGCCAGGUCCCCCGGGACUGGCGUCAGCGCUGUCUGAGGGCACUACAGGAGGGCCUGGAGCGGGCCCACUUUGGGUCACCUCUGCUGCCUGCACCAGGGGCCCUACCAGGGUGGCUGGAGGCUCUGCGAGUGGCCCUGCCAGUCGAGUUGGUCACAGCUGAGGCACUAGUAGCGCCUUGCUGCCCGCCACAGUACAACGUGGUCCAGCUAUGGGCCCACACGCUGCAUAGUGGUUUGCGCCGCAGCCUGCAGAACCUCCUUGCAGGGCCUGAGCUAGAAGCUGCGGAUGCCUUCGCCUUGCUGCACUGGGCACUGCAUGUGUACCUGGGGCAGGAAAUGAUGGGGAGCCUGGAGUUGGGGCCUGAGGCUGAUGUGUCCCAGCUGGAGCCCCUUCUGACCUUGGAGAACAUUGAGCAGCUGGAGGCAACAUUUGUGGCCAACAUCCAGGCAAGUAUGUCUCAGUGGCUGCAGAAUGUGCUGGAUGGGGAGGUAGCUGAGUGGGGCCGGGAGCAGGGGCCCAACACAGACCCGUCUGGCUCCUAUUACUCACCAAUGCCAGCCAUCGUGCUGCAGAUCCUGGAAGAGAACAUUCGUGUGGCCAGCCUGGUCAGUGAGUCACUGCAACAGCGAGUGCACGGCAUGGCACUGUCAGAACUGGGCAUAUUCUUGAGGAGCUUCAGUGAUGCUCUGAUCCGAUUCUCCCGAGACCACUUAAGGGGGAAAUCAAUGGCCCCUCAUUACGUGCCCUACCUACUGGCCGCCCUCAACCACAAGUCAGCACUCAGCUCCUCAGGGUCUGUCCUACAGCUGGACGGGGCGGCUUCGGGGGCCUUGGCUCCAGUGGAAGCUGCGCUGGACGAGUUGCAGAGGAGGAUCUACCGCCUGGUGUUCGAGGCGCUGCAGGCGGAGCUCCAGCCCCUGUUCGCGGAUCUGCCCUCGCGCCAAUGGCUGUCGAGCCCUGAGCUGCUGGAAAGUGUGUGUGAACGGACAGGGCGCUUCUGCCGGGACUUCUGGCGCGUGCGGAACCCCACAGUUCAGCUGCUGCUGGCUGAGGCCGAGCGCGCCGUGGUGCUCCAGUACCUGAGCGCGCUGAUGCAAGGCCGCCUGGUGUGCCGCGGAGCCGACGAGAGGACACAGGCGGCCGAGCGCCUGCGGCACGAUGCUGCCCAGCUUCAGCAGCUUUUCCUCAGUUUGGGCCUGGAGGAGAACGCGCACUGCGCGCCGGUGCUGCUCGCCCUGAGGGAGCUGCUAAACCUCCGCGACCCCGCGCUGCUGGGCCUGGAGGUGGCUGGCCUGCGGCAACAAUUUCCCGACGUGAGCGAGGACCACGUCUCCGCCCUCUUGGGCCUGCGCGGGGACUUGUCCCGGGAGCAGCACCUGGCCGCGCUCAGCUCCCUGCAGGCUGCGCUGCCGCCCUCGCCCCGCGCAAGCAGCCGCGUCCUCUUCAGCCUCGUGCCCGCGCCCGCGCCCGCGGCGGCCUCCUGCCUGCCCUCGGGGUCCUGCGCCCGAGCCCUGCUGCUUGCAGAAUAAACCACGGCUCCCGGACGCCUGAGUCUGUGUGUGUUGGGGAAGAUGGGAUGGA